UCGACGGAAAUUAGGUUUUUAUUCCGUGACAAACGUCUCAUACGAGAAUCACCACUCGGCCGAUCAACGCGGAAAAAAUGUCGAAAAAAUUAAUUCUGUUUUUCUGCACACUUCUAGCAUACACUGUUAAUACCGAAAAGCACGAAUAUGCGGUCAUCGAGGAUUAUCCGUACCAUGUAUCGAUCCAGAUAGGCGGACGACACGCUUGCAGCGGCGCAUUCAUACACGAAUCAUGGAUUAUGACCACGGCAUCCUGUGUUUUUCGUGCAAAUUCAUCGAAGGUAUCUGUACGCGUGCGUACCUCUCGCGCGUCUAUGGAUGGCAAUGUAUUAGAAAUAGAUAAUAUUGUGGUGCAUGAAAAAUUUGAUAAGUAUGUAUACUUCAACGAUAUAGCAUUGAUAAAGCUAAAGAGUCCCGAGGAGUUUGGAGAAAAGUUGCUCCCUAUCGGACUCCCGAAAAAUGAAGAACUUCUGGAUGGAACCUAUUGUGUCGUGACUGGCUGGAAACGAACUCGGGGGGGGAGCAGUCCGAGCGGAGCUCAGCUUGCGGCGACUAUUGCGGUGAUCAUAAAUCAACGUACGUGCAGCUCGACGAUGCCGUACUACAAGCCGCUGUCUAAGGAAAUGGUGUGCGCCACUGACAUGAUCUAUCCGUUGGAAAUGUGUCAGGAUGAUCUAGGCGCGCCUCUGGUGUCGGCGCAGAUGCUGAUUGGCAUUCUAUCCUACGGAUUAGGUUGCGAAACCGGGAUACAACCAGGUGUCUAUACUCGCGUCAGUAGCUACUUGUCUUGGAUCUUUACGAACACUGGUAUCUCCUACGAAUAAAGCAGCGUGUACGAGAUUCUCACAUUCAAGUGAUUAUUCAAAUUAUAACGCAUUAUGCUUUUGUCAUUAAUAAAACGAAUUCUACAAAUUA